AUGGUUCCGCUGAACCCCGCGCCACGCUGGGUCGUACCAGUGCUGCCCAAGGGGGAGCUGGAGGUACUUCUGGAGGCCGCCAUUGACCUCUGCAAAAAAGGGUUGGACCUGAAGAGCGAGGCGUGCCAGCGGUUUUUCCGUGAUGGUCUAACCAUCUCCUUCACCAAGAUCCUCACCGACGAGGCGGUCAGCGGCUGGAAAUAUGAGAUACACCGCUGCAUCAUCUCGAACACGCACCGGCUGGUGGAGCUGUGCGUGUGCAAGCUGGCGCAGGACUGGUUCCCGCUGCUGGAGCUGCUGGCCACGGCGCUCAACCCGCACUGCAAGUUCCACAUCUACAACGGCACGCGCGCCAGCGAGAGCGUGCCGGCAGGCGCCACGCCCACGGACGAGGAGCUGCACGCGCGCCCACCCGACCCUCGCUCGCCCAAGGGCUGGCUGGUGGACCUGAUCAACAAGUUUGGGGCGCUGGGCGGAUUCCAGAUCCUGCAGGACCGCCUCCUCAAGGGCUCCGCCAUCAACGUGCCCAUCAUCGCCGCACUCAUCAAGCCCUUUGGGCUGUGCUACGAGCUGCUGACUCCGCACACGGUGCGCUCGCACUUCCUGCCGCUGGUGGAGAUGGUGCCCAAGUUCCUGGAGGGGCUCACCGACGAGGAGCUGAAGCGCGAGGCGAAGAACGAGGCGAAGAACGACGCCCUCUCCAUGAUCGUCAAGUCGCUAAAGAACCUGGCGUCGCGCGUGCCCGGCCAGGAGGAGGUGGUGCGCAACCUGGAGAUGCUGCGCCUCAAGAUGAUCCUACGGCUGCUGCAGAUCUCCUCGUUCAACGGCAAGAUGAACGCGCUCAACGAGGUGAACAAGGUGAUCGCCAGCGUCUCCUACUACACGCACCGGCACGGCGGGGGCGGCGCCGAUGACGACGAGUGGCUCACCGCGGAGCGCAUGGCGGAGUGGAUCCAGCAGAACGGCGUGCUGUCCAUCGUGCUGCGGGACAGCCUGCACCAGCCGCAGUACGUGGAGAAGCUGGAGAAGGUCCUGCGCUUCGUCAUCAAGGAGAAGGCGCUCACCCUGCAGGACCUCGACAACAUCUGGGCCGCACAGAUCGCUGGUCUAGUUCUGGACGGCCCCUCUUCUCAAGCCAGCAGCGGAGCAGAUCAGCCCAACGAUGGUGCGAGUGACCCUGCUGAGCAGGGAGUGAACGGGCGCGAACCUCAGGGCGGCGGCGUGCACGAUGGUGCGAGCGACGGCGCUGAGCCAGGAGUGAACGGUUGCUCAGACGGCCGUGGGCGCGGACCUCAGCGUGGUGGAGGCGGAGGAGGAGGGUUCAGUGACCGCGGUGGGUACAGUGACCGCGGCGCCGGUGGUGGUGGUUAUAGCGACCACGGAGGUGGCGGCGGUUACAACGACCGCGGAGGAGACCCGCAGACGUACAGCGCGUUUGGGGCGCGGGAUCGCCUGGGGGACGACCGUGGUGGGGGCAGCAGGGGCCGGUUUGAUGAGCGCGGAAGUGGGUGGGGAGGCGGCUCGGAUCGUCGCGAUGGCGCUGAGAACGGGCGCCCCCGCGGGGGUCCCGGAGGGGGCAGCUUUGGGGGGCGCGACCCCCCGCGGAACACGCGCUGGUCGGACAGCGGGAGCAGCGGGGGACGCGGCGACGACGACUGGUCGCGCCAGCAGCCUCGCAACGAGCGCAUCGAGCAGGAGCUCUUUGCUGGCAGUAACACGGGGAUCAACUUUGAGAAGUAUGACGACAUCCCUGUGGAGGCGACCGGGCACGACUGCCCCAACCACAUUGACACGGUGAGACGACCGGGCCGACUCUACCCCAGCCCCAUGCCGACAGCCGCCCCCUCGGCACCAUUUGCACCGUGA